AUGGUGAGAAAAUCUGAUAUUCUUUUAUCGGUGAGUCUUUCUUUUUUUGUCGAAUUUCACCUGUUUCAAUAAAUUUAAAUAAUUUUGAGAAAAAAAGAUUCGAUUAGUUUUUUUUUCAAUAUUCAAUUCAUAAUUAAAUUUCUAAAAAAAAUUCCAGGAAAAAAUGUUGACUGAAGAUGGUGGUCUUGACACAACAUCUGAAGAAUAUCGCAAAUUGUCAAAAGCUGAACGUCGUAAACGUCGUCGUGCAACACCAAAAUACCGUAACCUUCAUGCAACUCGUGAAAGAAUUCGGGUUGAAUCGUUCAAUAUGGCUUUUUCACAACUUCGUGCACUUCUUCCAACACUUCCGGUGGAGAAGAAAUUAUCGAAAAUUGAGAUUCUUCGAUUUUCAAUUGCUUAUAUAAGUUUUCUUGAUAAUUUAUUGGUUUGA